GGAGUCGCGGACUUAGCGAGAGAGACAAGGGUGAAGCAGAGAGGGACCCACUUGAAUUGUGGAGGGGCACUUCAGAACGUCAUGGUUCUUCGAUUAACAAUAGCUACGCCAUACCUCGCCGACACUUUUUUGUGAUGCUACGCGCGCGCACACGCUGACCAAGACUUGAACCUAUCUUGAAGUAUCUGAAAGGCAUACAGAACUACACAUUACACAUCUCACACAGCGGUCAAGAUGCGGUUACUCAAGUCGCAAAUCGAGCAGAAGACGGGCUCUGGCUUCGUGACGCUGCUACCAGAAGAGCCAGAGGAUAUGUGGCACGCCUACAACCUCAUCCAAGAAAACGACCGCAUCCGCGCAAAGGCCGUCCGCCGUGUAUCGAAGACGUCCGACGCCGGCUCCGUGAACUCGCAGCGCAUCACCAUGGACCUCACGAUCCAAGUCACGCACACCGACUUCGACAUCGGAUCCGGGCAGCUGCACGUCUCGGGCAAAGUCGCAGCCGAAAAUGAGCACGUCAAGCUCGGCCAGCACCACACGCUCGACCUGGAGCUGAACCGCAAAUUCACCCUCGAGAAGGCCGACGGCUGGGACAGCGUCGCGCUGGAAAUGCUCAAAGAAGCCUCCGACACCGAACGCCGCGCCGAGCUCUGGGCUGUCGUAUUGGGCGAAGGCACAGCGAACAUAUGCAUGAUCACCGAGCACCAGACCAUCCUGCGCCAACACAUCGAAGUCGCAGUCCCGCGAAAGCGACGUGGCGGCGCCGACGGCCACACAAAGGGCAUGGAUAAGUUCUUCUCGACGACGCUGACCACACUGCUGCGCCAAAUCGACCUGCCCAGUACAACCGCCACACAAAGCAAGACCCUCCCGCUCCUCCUCGCAUCCCCCGGCUUUGUCGCCAACGCCUUCCUCGCCUACCUCAAAGCCGAAGCAACACGCACCACCAACAAACCCCUCAUGAGUCUCGUGUCGAAUAUCGUCGUCGCUCACUCGUCCUCUGCCCACAUCCACAGUCUCAACGAAAUCCUCUCCUCGCCCGCGAUAACAACAAAGCUAUCUGACACAAAAUACGCCCGCGAAACGGCGCUCAUGGACAGAUUCCUCACGCUCGUGCGCCUCGACGACGGGCGCGCCUGGUACGGGCCGCGCGAGGUGGAGCGCGCGGUCGACAAAGGCGCCGUCGGGAGGGGAGGCGGGGUGUUGCUGAUCAGCAACAGUCUAUUUCGGGCGCAGAAUGUUCGGCAGCGGAGACGCUGGGUCGGGCUUGUGGACCGGGUGAGGGACGUCGAAGGCGGUGAGGUCAGAGUCCUCAGUUCGCUGCACGAGAGCGGAAAGCGGUUGGAGGGGCUGGGCGGCGUGGCGGCGAUACUGACGUAUCCGCUCGAGGAUCUGGAUGAGGAGGGCGAUGAGGGAUUAGGUGCUGGGGAGGAAGAGCAGGGGGAUAUGGUUAUUUAGAUGGAGUGAAGAUACCCAAGGAAGAUAGAGCAUUGAUACAGAGGAUUCUGUUUACGCAUUGUUCGUGCGACACUUGCGUGUACACAUCUCGCCGGACUCGAAGUUGAACGCUUAGACUGGCAAGC